ACCCUCCUCGCUACGAAACCCAAUCUCCUCCCUGUAAACCCAAACAACCGGGGCCAGAGUCUGGGUCUGUGUUGUUCACUACUCUAUGCUUGCGUAUCCUCUCGUCGUCUUCUUCGCUUAGCUCUGUUCUCUCUCUCUCUAGUCUCUUUCCACCUUAUACUCUCUCUCUCUCUCUCUCUCUCUCUCUCUCUGCAAAUCCAUUUCUAACCUAUACAUACACACACAUUAUAUAUACAUAUAUAUUCACUCUUCGUUUUCUCCAUUUUUGUCCAACAAUGCCUUCACGCCCACAACCACCACCAUUCCCAGAUUUUCCGGCGCCGCCGGAACCACCCACCUCCCUCCCCCCCCACAACCCACAUCCCCAUUUCAACUUCAUCCCACCCAUCCUCGCCGGAGCCCUCACCAUAGCCUGUCUCUUCUUCCUCGCCAUUCUUUACCGGAAACUCUCCCGGAAACGCACAGUUCCGGCAGAUCUGAAGCCCCCUCACCGCUUCUCCUACCCCCUCCUCCGCCGCGCCACCUCAUCUUUCUCCGCCGCCAACCGCCUCGGCCAAGGUGGGUUCGGGUCGGUUUACAAAGGAAUCCUACAGUCCGGUCAGGAAAUCGCUGUGAAGCUCAUGGACCCUUCUGGGUCUCUUCAGGGUGAGAGAGAGUUCAACAAUGAGCUCUCUCUUGCCUCUAAGAUCGACCCUGUGUGCUGUGACCAUGUGGUGGCGAUCAUCGGGUUCUCCUCCGAUCAGCGCCGCCGUAGACGGCGGCGACUGGCGCUGGUUUAUGAGUUUAUGCAGAAUGGGAGUCUUCAAGAUGCGUUGUUGGAUCGGAAGUGUCCUGAGUUGAUGGAUUGGAAGAAGAGAUUUUCAAUUGCGAUUAACAUUGCGAAAGGGAUUCAGUAUCUUCACUGUUCGUGUAAUCCUCCGAUAGUUCACGGUGAUAUCAAGCCAUCGAAUGUACUUCUCGAUGCGUAUUUCAAUGCCAAGAUUGCUGAUUUUGGGUUAGCUCGAGUGCUCACUGAGGAUGAAAUUGCUGAAACUUUCUUGGAAUGUGGUGAAGAUGGAGGUAAAAGAGUGAAUGGGGAUGAUAAUGGGUCGAUACUCGAAGAAACAGAGAGUGUGAUGACAGAGGAGGUUGCUGUGAAUGUGGAUUUGUCUCCGGAGGGUUGUGUUAGGGUUUCAGAUACCGAGGCGGGUUUGUCGCCAUCGGAGGGUUUGGACAAGACGAGUGUAUCAGAGUGUUGUUUUGACAGGGCUAGUGUUGAUAGUGGCAAUAGGAGAGGGAUUGGGAGGAAGAGGAGCAGUGGGUCAGGGAGAGAUUGGUGGUGGAAACAGGACAAUAGUGGCGGUAUCGGGUCAGAAUCGGGGAGAGUGAAGGACUAUGUGAUGGAGUGGAUUGGGAGUGAGAUAAAGAAAGAGAGACCCAAUGGCGAAUGGGUUGCCACGCCGAGCUCGGUAGAGGAUGGCGGUGGUGGAACAAUGAAGGGUAGUGUAAAAACAGAACAAAAGAAGCAUAGGAAGAAAUUAGAAUGGUGGGCUUCAUUGGAUGAGGAGAGAAUUCAGAAACAGAAGAAGAAUAGGAAGCCAAGGGAAUGGUGGAGAGAGGAGUUUUGCGAAGAAUUGACAAAAAAGAAGAAGAUUAAGAAGAAAAGAGGGCUAAAAAAUAGUGGUGGUGGUGGUGAAUUGUGGUGGCAGAGAGAUGAGUUUGUGGCACCUGAGAGAAAGAAGAGGAAGAGCAGAGGUAGUAUGGGUAGCAUUGAUUGGUGGAUAGAUGGGUUCAGUGGAGAGUUUCGAAGUGGUCGAAAAAACAGUCAAGAUUGGCCUAGUGGAGAUAUACCUAAGAGUGGUGGUGUUAGUAGUACUCCCAGUAUGAGAGGAACUGUUUGUUACAUUGCUCCUGAGUAUGGUGGUGGUGGGCAGCUCUCUGAGAGGUGUGAUGUUUACAGUUAUGGUGUUCUGUUACUUGUUCUAGUUUCGGGUCGAAGGCCACUGCAAGUGACGGCCUCGCCAAUGUCAGAAUUCGAGAGGGCGAAUCUUAUUUCGUGGGCUCGUCAACUUGCUCGUAAUGGGAAGCUUUUGGAUCUUGUUGAUCCUUGUAUUCAGUUGUUAGAUCGCGAACAGGCACUGCUCUGUAUCACAAUUGCACUACUCUGUUUGCAGAGAUUGCCCAGUAAGCGUCCCACCAUGAAAGAGAUUGUCGGGAUGCUUUCUGGCGAGGCAGAGCCGCCUCACUUGCCGUUUGAAUUUUCCCCAUCACCACCAUCCAAUUUCCCUUUCAAGUCCCGGAAAAAGGCCCGGCACAAACUUCCUUUGCCCUGGAAGUGAUUGAAUUUUAGGAAUCCAAGGCAUAAUGAUAAUGACGUGGGUUUGGGUGGGUGUGCGUGUAAACCAUUGCUUGCUUUUGAAGUGGUGAGGCCAGCUUAAUCAACAACUAUAGUUAGUGCCUUGGAUUUUGAUGAGUUUGCUUUUGCUUGCUUUUGAACUUGGGGGCCCCAGGAAAUAAUUGCUUUCGUAGUUGUCUGCUAACAUUCAAAAGCUGAUAUGAGAGCUUUGUGCUAAAGUAGAGCAUUAAUUUCAGUGCAAGUGAAUAGAGCUUGGUCAAAGUCCCUGCUUUUGCAAAAUGUUUGUAUAGACACAAUGGAAGUAUAUACAGCAAGAGCAAAUGAAAGCAACACUGGGGAACAUUUGGACAAAAAAAAAUUGGCAAGCUUUCCAUUGUAUUAUACAUUCUUGUUUUAAGUUGAUUUUUAGUGUAUUGAAAUUGCA